GAUAAGGUAAUGGUCCUGGCUAGGUCAGGGCUCUGGCAAGAAGUCGUGAACGUGCCAGCCAGUCAGACUUUCCUGAUGCCUGAGGGGAUGAGCUUCGAGGAAGCGGCUGCUCUUCUUGUCAACUACAUCACUGCCUACAUGAUCCUGUUUGACUUUGGAAACCUGAGACCCAACCAGAGUGUCCUCAUCCACAUGGCUGCAGGUGGUGUGGGAACUGCUGCCAUCCAGCUGUGCAAGACUGUAGAAAAUGUCACCAUUUUUGGCACAGCAUCUGCUUCCAAGCAUGAUUCACUCAAGGAGAGCGGAGUCGCUCACCCCAUUGACUACAGAACGAUGGAUUACGCAGAGGAGGUCCGGAAAAUCUCUCCCAAAGGUGUUGACAUUGUUCUGGACCCCCUGGGAGGAUCCGAUACGUCCAAAGCAUUUAACCUGUUGAAGCCGAUGGGCAAACUCAUCACAUACGGGGUAGCAAACUUGCUCACUGGGCAGAAGAAGAACCUCAUGGCUAUGGCUAAAACCUGGUGGAACCAGUUCAGCAUCAGUGCCUUGCAGCUCCUACACCAUAACAAGGCUGUGUGUGGCUACCACCUUGGAUAUAUGGAUGAAGAAUUUGAGCUUGUCGGAGGUGUUGUAGCCAAGCUGGUUAACCUGUACAGUCAAGGCAAAAUCAAGCCCAAAAUAGACUCUGUAUGGCCCUUUGAUCAGGUGGCAGAUGCCAUGAGGCAGAUGCAAGAGAAGAAGAAUGUUGGAAAGGUCAUCCUGGUUCCUGAAGCACCCAAGGAAGAAUCCAAAAAAGAAGAGAACUAAGGAGAAGAGAUUCGUGCAGAUUGUGAAUUCAUGGUUUAACUCCCUGAUCUUUGGGACCUGGAAAUGGACAGAUCAGUAGCUUCCAUCUUCACCAGUACAAGAACAUCGUGGUUAAAGUUCAGAAGAGGUUUGCAUGCUCUCGUUGUGACUGACCCUUUGCCAGACAUGCGUCUUGCCCUAGCUCUCUGUUUUGAAGCCUGUUUAUUUUGUACAUUUUUCUAAUCACUUGCUUCUCUACUGAAUUUCCAAACUAACCUUAUUUUUCUCUGGCAGUGCAGCUGAAGCUUCCAGGCAGUUGGUGAUUAACAACUGGAUAGCCUGUCAUUGUAAAGUCAAGAUGUAACAUACUGUAGCAACUGCCAACUAUCUCCACAGAAACUGAGCCCUGCUGAAGCAUUUGCACUGUCACCUUUGAGAAGCUUGUUCAGCAGAAGAAUGGGCCAAACUUAGGAUGUUUCCUCAACAGCCAGAGGAAAAGCACGGCUGGCCUAGUUUUAAUUCUAGCACGGGCUACUCUUCUGUUUACACUAACCACGCUCUUUCCCCUCUGCUUUCAUAGGCCUCUAACACCAGUCAGAUAGUAACAGGUCAUGUUGUCUUUGCCUUGUAAAUAACCAUCCUGGCAUUUUGGAGUCUAUGGCAUAUUGCACUUAAUUUGCAGUCACUUCUCUGUGCAGUUGGCAAAUAACCUGACAGGCUGGUCUGGUCUGUGUCUGAAUACAGAAGAAAAGUUUCAAUUACGUAACUUGAUCUUGUCCAUUUUCUGAUUCCAAACUGUAUAGGGAGAUCUAAACUGUGUCUGAUUUCUAGAGACCAUAAGGACUCAACUGUGUCUCAAAUGACUGGAACAAUUGAUGUUGGCUCUGUGUUUUAUUAAUGUUGGGCUCCAAGCUGGUAUUGUUAAGGCUAAACUUCACCCUCGUGUUUGUAUUUCCAAGGGCUGCAGUGUUGAAUUGGACUUCAGCAAGAUGGGAACAAAAUACGCCCCUGUUAAUGCUUGCUUUGUGCUGUGCCCUGUGCGCUGGGGAGGUGCUGCAGUUUGGGAAGUAACUUGCAAGAACCAGUCCUGUAAGCCUGCUUCCCAGGAGCCUGGGCUGGCUCUUUCUGUGGCACGCCACUCAGUAAAGCUAUUGCCAGGUUACCAGCGUAGAUGAUAAACUGCCCAGCUCUGUGUCAAGCCUCUUGGCCUGGGCAUCUUGAGCAGCUUAAAUUGUGCUUUCCAUUCUCUUCUAGCUAGCUUGUUAGAUUUCCACUCAAGCCAACUCUUACCUUGUGGUUCAGUGCUGCAGUAAGGCUUGACUCUUCUUCCCCUGCAACUGCAAGUCUUGGGACCCUUGGGGUCUCUUCCAGCACCGAGGGCUUAGGAACUGCCUGGGGUGCUUCUCCCAGACCAGAACUCAGUUUCUCUUCCUCUUUUCUUUCUUCCAUGCAUUUAGAAACAUAGCUGUGCAGAGACCCAAGCCUAGUUCUCUGAGCACUUAAUGUCCUGGGUGGUGCCCCCCCUUCCUGCUGGACCCUGUUUUCAGCCCUGAGUGACUGUGGUGCUGUUUGUGCUUGCUUUGAGGCUUUGUCAUGGAUUGUAGGUGCUGCGGGCUUUUAGGCUUCAUUUUGGAUUUGAAAAGGUAAACCGGAGGGCGCCAAGAAGAGCUGCCCAUCAUGGAAGAGCUCAGGCUCCAGGAGCAAAACCUUGCUACUAGGAGUCCUGCUUAACCAAACCCCAAGGAGGGAAGGUGCCUGCUGGGCGAAGGGCCCCAUAUGCGAAGCCCCUCUGCCGCUUGAGAGCAGCCAAGCUCUGUGCAGGGCUGGCGGUUCCCGUGCAGGUGAGGAGUGUGGCUUCUUUCUCUGCCAGCUCUAUCCUUCAGCGAGGCUCCUAUCUAUCAGUGCAGCUUGUAUUUCAGGUGCUUGGGCUCAGUCCCUAGUUCUGCUGCCUUUUAGAAAUGCAUAGGCACAGCCUCUGGGGGACUUGCCCUGGCUAACUUUAAGUAUUAAAACAACCCCAUUCCCUAUGACCUCAGAGGAGGGGCUGGAGCCCUGUCACAGAUCCUUGUCAGUCCAUCUCUCACACUUGAUAUGAGAACUUCAUAAACAUGGUCUGAUGAAACUCACAAACACAACUUUUAACCUUUCUGAAUCCAAAAUCUUGCUGCUUCUUUUUUCAGCCUGCCCUGUCAUGCUAAUUUAGAUUAAAUCCAACAGUGUCUAAUGCUACUUUACCAGGUCUGACAACAGAAGGACUGUCUAAAUUGCUGAAAUGGGAAGUCUGGACCUGUUCCUCCAAGAAACUGGACUUCACCUUGAUGAAAGAGCAGCGUGCUCAAAUGGCACACAACCCUGCACAUCUUCAGGUUCUGCACACUUGUAAAGGGGAAAACUAUCAAAUUGUGUUUCACAGUAGCAUCCUCUCCUUGCUUUACUCUCGGCUAAGCGCAUGCUCAGUGCCUUACUUGGAUGGCCUUGGAUCAGGCAGCGCAGCAAGGCUCUCGCAGUCUGUCCCUCCCAGUGCAGCGUGAAGGAGGAAAGCGGGAGUCUUGCAGCUUCCCGUAGGACACCUGACAUGCUGCCUUGCGGUACACCACAGAAAACAGUAUCUCAGUGCCUUCUUCUACAUGCCUGUAAGGACUAGGAAGUCACUGGAGCCUUUUCCAUUCUGGCCUUUCAAAGUAUUGCCAAAAACCUGUUAUGACUCUUGCUAGCUCUGUUUUGUGAACACUGGUGACGUAGUCUGACUUACCGUGAAUAAGACACUCCCUUUCCAUGUAUUACAGCCUUUCCAGGGCCGUCCUGGUGGUUCUGUGUUCCCCAGUCCAGCAGAGCUAUUGUAGAGCUCUUGUCUCCCCCAGGGCAGCUGUUUGGCUCUGGCCAGUCCUUGAGUGAGGCUUUAUCUGCUGCCCCAGCCUUGGCUCUCCAGAAACAAUCCCGGCUCCCGAUGCUCUGCGGGUAGCUGCUCAUGUAUCCUCUACCUACAAAUUCCUGAAGCCCUUAUCAGGGCAAGAGUGCUAAGCAGUUACUAUCUGUUACGAGUUUAGCACUGACUUUUAUGUCCUUUGGUAGCAACAAUGUUUUCUACAGAAAGACCAAGAUUAAAUGUAACCUUGCUCCUCACUGCCUCACUGAUCAAUGCUGUGCUCUAGGUGGUUGUGGUUGGUUGUUUUUUGGUUUUGUUUUUUUAUGGUUUUUUUUUUUUAUGGACAAACAUUUUAUGGGCCAAUAAGUAUAGAAUCUAUGUAAAACAACUUCAAGUGUCUUAACUCAAUAAAGUUAACCAGCAGGUUUGUAUACUAAGGACCAAAGCAAAAAACAAAAACCCUACGAUAAAAAUCAUUCCACUUAAUGUUGCUUAACUGUUUAGGGCAAAGUCGUGCUAUUGAGAAAAUGGGAGAUUCCUGUGCAUAAUUGCAUGUGCCGUUCCAGCUAUCAGAAGUGCAAUUUAAUGUUUAUUAUUUUACUGAUUGUCUGACCCAAAGGUUGUGCCGUGAGGAGUCCAAGUGGAAAGCAUAAGGAGUUCAUAAGCAGAGGAGAGGCUGGAAGAGCCCCCCCCCGCUGCCGUGGGGGGGCUGCUCAGCACAGGGGUGCCUGUGCGAGCACCACUCCUGUGUCAUUACUGCAGUCGCCUUCCCAGACUGGUACUGCUGGUCUUGGACAAAGUUUUGCUAUCACCAGGCAGCUUUUGUCGUGUUUUUGACUCUUUGGUUUCUCUCAAGCUCAAUUAUGUUGCACGCUAACUGCAGAAGGGGAAGGGAGCAGAAGCAGCCUCGGCUUGCGCAGAGGAGCAUGGCCCCUGCCAAGUACUUUGAGAUGGGGGAAGGAGUUCAGCUGUACAUUUCAUUUUGGACACCUGUAUUAAAGUAGAAUUCAUUGACCAGGGAGAAGUAAGAAGCAUUGUGGGCCUCAGGCUUUAAUUGAUGCAGAAUCCUGGCCCACUUACAGCUGCUAUCAUAGGUGUAAAAAAACCACUCUUGUUGCCUAAUGAAGCCUCUAGUGUGCUAAGCCCUGGUGAUGGCAAAGUGUGACUGGCAAGUAGUGCAUGAGUGUGAUGUGAAAUGCAUUAGACUCUGAGCCUCUUAUAACAUACGGUCUGGUCUGUACUAAGUUGUGUUGAUUUGCAGAUAUGUGAUACGAGUGAUACUCAUCCUACAGACACAUGGAAAAAUCUUUGUUUAAAAAAUAUAUUCUGCUUUAUGUGUGUAACCAAGUUGGACAGAAAGCAAGUGUGCCAAUGCUGUUUACAUGACUAUAAUGUGUAAUGCUCCUCUGUCUAAUGUUACCAUAUGCCUUAUGUGUUUCAAAUGUUAAUUAAAAGCAUAACAAAA